UACCCAAAUACCACCCCACCCGUGCCCUUCGCUCCUCACAGGACCUCCUACUUUCUAGCUCCCUGCCUACAGGGCACUUCUACCCCCUUCCUGCCUACAGGGCACUUCUACCCCCUUCCUGCCGACAGGGCACUUCUACCCCCUUCCUGCCUACGAGACACUUCUACCCCCUUCCUGCCUACGGGACACUUCUACCCCCUUCCUGCCUACGGGACACUUCUACCCCCUUCCUGCCUACGGGACACUUCUACCCCCUUCCUGCCUACAGGGCGCUUCUACCCCCCUUCCUGCCUACAGGGCGCUUCUACCCCCUUCCUGCCUAAAGGGCACUCUACCCCCUUCCUGCCUACAGGGCACUUCUACCCCCUCCCUCCGUGCCUACAGGGCACUUCUACC